AUGGCAUCGCUCAACGGCGCGCCCGCCGAUACCGUGGCACCCGGCCAGGCCGACACAUCCAUCACGAAAGAAGGCUUCAAGAUCACCACGCGCAAACUGCCCAUCCUCAAGGCUGGCCCUAUAGAAGAUAUGACCAAGAAGCUGGGCAUUGCGCCGCCGGAGAUGAUUUUCGGCGACAACAUGGUACGGAUAGACCAUGCACAGAGCGGCUGGUACAUCGAGUUCAAUGCCUUCGAUGCGCUAGAUCUCGUGGACAAGACAGGCGAGAAGAUGUUCAAGGUGUCAUACUCGAAAGAGUGGCAGCAGAAUCGACAGAAGCAAUUCGAGGACAUCAAAGAAGUAGUGAAGCCAUUCGACUGGUCCUACAGCACUGACUACAAGGGCACCACACCACCAGCACCCGCCUUCGAGCCCACCGAGACCCCAAUACCACUUGCACUCCUCAAGCGUCCUGACCCGAUACAUUUCUUCGAUGAACUAGUACUCUACGAAGACGAGCUAGCGGACAACGGCAUCGCUAUGCUAUCUUGCAAAGUUCGCGUCAUGCCACAACGUUUACUGCUACUGGUGCGCUUCUUCAUGCGUCUCGACGAUGUAGUCUUCAGAAUACGCGACACGCGGAUAUUUGUCGAGUUUGGGGACAACGUGGUGCUGAGGGAAUAUACGGCGAGGGAAGAGAAGUAUGAGGAGGUACGGAAGAAGCUCGCAGGAAGGAAGGAGGACGUGCUUGCGAUAAUGCGAGAUCCUAAUCGUUUGGCUGAGCAUAUACCCAUCGUGGAGCAUAACCUUGAGGGGUUGCAAUUGAAAGCGCUAGAGGCAUUGACAGUUAAACGGCGACCCAAACUUGCAAUACCAUCCAUAAGUAAUCAUAUGAGCACCCAGAAACCAAGCAUCUUUAAUGCUGGAAUCUGCCGCGGGCAGCAAAAAGACAUCACCGACGUCGACAUAGCACGCCAGCACUCGCCGCUGCAACUCACAAUGGCUGACUUCAAGUCCAAAGGCGAGGCUUUCAUGUCGAACACGUCAGAUUCGGGUCAAACACAAAUCCACACCUCUGCCCAAUCAGGGUCCGAAACCCAAACUCCUGCACACGGCGUUGUUCGCACUGCUUCUGGGCGUGAGACGUACUUCCCCGAUGGCCACGCUCACGGCAACCACGGACUCUUCUCAUCACACUCUUACACACACGAAACAUCAACAUCAACAGGAUCGGGGCUGUUCAACUCUGCCGAUGCGACUCAAUCACGGCCUCACGAGGAGGAGGUGGUGCCGCUCGAGAAGAUCAACACAUCAAGCUCGUCCGAUUCCUCAGAAACCAAACUUGGAUCAAAUGGCGACUCACGAAAAGUCAAAAGGACGGCUACUUCAUCCUCAUCCGAAGAUGUUGCUCCAGGUACCCUCCAGCGUCGGGCUACACGAUCCGAGAUCGACGACGACGGCAGGCGAGAAUUGGCACGCAUCUUCACAUCUGCUUCGAGAGUGACACAGCAGAUGAGCAUUGCGCAGCCAAAUGAUCCUCGAGUGGACCCCUCUAACGAGGCUUUUGAUCUUAGCAGGUUUCUGAACAUGUUCCGGAACCAGCUCGAGGGCGAAGGCAUCGAGAUGAAGAAAGUCAACGUUGUCUACAGAAAUCUCAAUGUCUUCGGUUCCGGCAAGGCUCUCCAGCUUCAGGACACAGUCGCAGAUCUCUUCAUGAUGCCGUUCCGUGCGAAAGAGAUCUUCGGUAAGUCAGAACGCAAGCAGAUUCUACACAGCUUCGAUGGUAUCAUCCGAGCCGGUGAACUAUGUGUAGUACUUGGACGCCCCGGAUCUGGUUGUUCUACUCUUCUGAAGGCGCUCACUGGCGAGCUUCAUGGUCUAGAGACAGACGAGUCACUUGUCCACUAUAACGGUAUACCCCAGGAUCGUAUGCGCAAGGAAUUCAAGGGCGAGACAGUGUACAACCAGGAAGUCGACAAGCACUUCCCGCAUCUGACUGUAGGUCAGACUCUCGAAUUCGCUGCCGCUGUCAGAACACCAUCAAACCGACCCGGUGGGGCGAGCCGCGAUGAGUUCGCACAGUUCAUGGCCAAGGUCGUUAUGGCUGUCCUUGGACUAAGCCACACCUACAACACCAAGGUCGGAAACGACUUCGUUCGCGCUGUCACCAACCCAGACGAACGGAAGGCCAGGGAGGGUAUGGAGAACAGGGUGCCACGCACGCCACAAGACUUUGAGAAGUACUGGCGCGACUCACCUGAGUACAAAGCCCUCCUCGAAGAGAUCAAGGACUUCGAGGCCGAGAACCCAAUCAACGAGCAUGGUACUCUCGAGACACUGCGUCAGCAGAAGAACUACAUUCAGGCCAAACACGCUCGUCCCAAGUCGCCGUAUCUCAUCAGCGUCCCCAUGCAGAUCAAGCUCAACACACGACGAGCAUACCAGCGCAUUUGGGGUGAUGUAGCCUCCACAGCCACACAAGCUGGUCUUAACGUCAUUAUCGCUCUUAUCGUCGGUUCCAUCUACUUUGGUCAUUCCCAAGGAUCCAGCUCAUUCCAAGGUCGCGGAGCAGUCAUUUUCUUGGCCAUUCUCUUCAACGCCCUUACGUCCAUUGGUGAAAUCUCAGGUCUCUACGCUCAGCGCCCUAUCGUCGAGAAGCACAACUCGUAUGCAUUCUACCAUCCAUCGACUGAAGCUAUUGCUGGUAUCGUUGCCGACAUACCUGUCAAAUUCAUACAGGCCGUAGUCUUCAACAUCAUUUUGUACUUCCUAGCGCAGCUUCGGUAUACUGCUGGACAGUUCUUCUUGUUCUUCAUCGUUACGUAUAUGGCAACCUUCGUCAUGGCAGCUAUCUUCCGCACAACUGCCGCCGUUACCAAAACAGCAUCACAAGCUAUGGCAGGCGCCGGUGUUCUGGUACUGGUCCUCGUCAUCUAUACUGGUUUCGUCAUUCGCAUUCCCGAAAUGCCUGACUGGUUUGGCUGGAUUAGAUGGAUCAAUCCGAUUUUCUAUGCAUUCGAGAUUCUGCUUGCCAACGAGUUCCACGGAGUCGAUUUUCCUUGUGAUGCCUUCAUUCCGUCAGGCCCCGGAUACCCACAGACUGGCGACUCCUUCAUCUGUAACACUCAAGGUGCUGUUGCCGGACAAACAUUUAUCAGUGGCGAUAGCUUUAUCGAAGUCUCAUACUCGUACUCUUGGAGCCAUGUUUGGCGCAACUUUGGCAUUCUCUGGGCUUUCCUGAUCUUCUUCUUGGUUACUUACUUCAUCGCUGUUGAAGUCAACUCUUCCACGUCCAACACCGCUGAGCAACUGGUCUUCCGACGUGGACAUGUUCCAGCUUACAUGCAACCUGGUGGUAAGGGCUCCGACGAGGAAUCCGGAGCAGCCCAAAAAGGUGAGCAGGAAGGCGCUGGUGAUGUCAGCGCUAUCGAAGAACAAAAGGGUCGGAAGCUUCUGACCAUUGGUGUUGAGCUUGCUGCCAAGCCGAAGUUGUUGCUUUUCCUUGACGAGCCUACUUCGGGUCUCGAUUCACAGAGUUCCUGGUCUAUCAUCGCCUUCCUACGCAAACUCAGUAACGCUGGCCAAGCCAUCCUCUGUACCAUCCAUCAGCCCAGCGCUAUUCUGUUCCAGGAGUUCGACCGCCUCCUCUUCCUUGCUCGUGGUGGUAAGACCGUCUACUUUGGCGAGCUCGGCGAGAACUCCCGAACGCUCCUGGACUACUUCGAGAACAAUGGUGCACGCAAAUGUGGUGAAGACGAAAACCCGGCUGAAUACAUGCUGGAGAUUGUCAACGCUGGCAAGAACAACAAUGGUCAGGACUGGUUCGACGUCUGGAAAGGAAGCAACGAAGCCAAUGGCGUCCAGCAGCAAAUCGAUCAACUCCACGAGUCCAAGAAACAUGAGGAACUCAACAUUGCCGCGGAAACUGGUGGAAGCGAGUUCGCUAUGCCACUGACAACGCAAAUUGUGGAGUGCACAUACCGUGCUUUCCAACAGUACUGGCGCAUGCCCAGUUAUGUUAUGGCUAAGUUUGGUCUCUGCACCAUUGCUGGUCUCUUCAUCGGUUUCUCCUUCUAUCAGGCCAACACCACUCUAGCGGGCAUGCAGACCAUCAUCUUCUCGGUCUUCAUGCUUACUACAAUCUUCUCGUCACUUGUACAACAGAUUCAACCCCUCUUUAUCACGCAACGUUCUCUCUACGAGUCCCGCGAGAGGCCAUCAAAAGCGUACAGCUGGAUCGCCUUUAUGGUCGCCAACAUUGUUGUGGAGAUCCCAUACGGUAUCAUCGCUGGUAUUCUCACAUUCGCAACCUUCUACUAUCCGGUCGUCGGCGCGAGCCAAUCCAGUGAACGCCAGGGCUUGGUGCUGCUGUUCUGCAUGCAGCUUCUCAUCUACACGUCCACCUUUGCCGACAUGACCAUCGCAGCGCUACCUAACGCCGAAACAGCAUCAGGUCUCGUCUCGCUGCUCACACUCAUGAGUAUCCUCUUCAACGGUGUUUUGCAGUCUCCGGACAAUCUUCCUGGCUUCUGGCUCUUCAUGUACCGCGUCAGUCCGUUCACUUACUGGAUUGGCGGCAUGGUCUCGACCAUGCUUUCAGGCCGAGAAGUCGUUUGCAGCGCGCGUGAAGUUUCCGUGUUCGACCCACCGGCUGGCCAGACAUGCGGUGCUUAUCUAGCCGAUUACGCUGCUGCCGCGGGCGGUACGAUCCAGAACCCAGAUGCGACCGCUGGCUGCAACUACUGUUCUUUGAGUAAUGCUGACCAGUUCCUGGCUGGCUCGUCGAUUUACUACGGUGAGCGAUGGAGGAACUUUGGUAUCCUCUUCGCUUUCAUCGGUUUCAACGCCUUCCUUGCUGUUCUUACUUAUUACCUAUUCCGUGUUGCCAACCUCAACUCGCUCAAGAACCUCUUCCAUAAGACCAAGGGCGGCGCGAAGGCGAAGGGCAAGGCGGAUCAGGCGAAGGAGGGUGCGGAGAAGGUAGCGCAACAGGGUGGACACCCUGGAGAGAGGAGUGGAGAGAAUGAUGCUGGCACCGCUUGA